CUACUCUAUAUAUAAACUUGAAACUUGGUUUAUUGCUUUUUAGAAACUCUGCAUCCAACUUAAAAAAUCCCAUCGCUAGAAUUUUUUUUUUUUAAAGAAAAUUUAAAGGCCGAAUAGGUCGCAGUCUUCAAUCAAAGACUAGAAAAUUUUGUUUCUUCUUCUCUUUCGCAGAAAGUUUCAGGCUGCUAUUGCUUUCAAACAGAAGUUUGAGGUCUGCAUAAAGAUUCUAAAUCUACUGGUAGCUGUUCGGAAGAUUGGGCAGAACAAGCAGCCAAUCUCUUUCUGAAUCAGUAGUGGAACAACAGAUGCUACACUCGUAGCAUGGAAUCACACCAGUUUUUCAGAUACGGUGUCACUGGUGCGGGCUUAUCCUAUUCAUCUUCUUAUCCAAUUGCUUCUUCAAUACCUAAUAGACUCUUUGGGUCCUUCAAAUUUGAUAUAGGAAACUCACCUAGCUCACCCUUCUCAAAUCAAUUUGAUUGUGAUACUAUUACCACAUUGAGUGACAGCCAGGAGCAGUAUAGUUCUACAGAUAAUCUUUCAGAAGCCAGCCCUUCUUGUAACUCUUCACGUGAACCUGGUAGUUAUUUUCAUCGGCAGAGUCCCCCAUUGUCGCGAGAUGCAAACUCUAGCCAGAACAUAAAAUACAGAUUGCUGCAAUUGGAGACUGCUCUUAUGGCACCUGAUGAUGAUGAAGACAUGUCAAUAGCUGAUACUUCUUUGGGGGAAAGUAGUAGACCACAGACAUCAGGUCAAAGGACUGGGGCCUGGAGCCAGGAGCACCAUGUUUCUUGUGUGAUUCCGGCUCAUCCAUCUAUUGAUUCUAGGCAUAGGCAAUCAGGUGAAGGUGCUGCUGUUGAGAAACAUCAAAAACCAUUGGAGGAAGCAAAAUUUCAAAGUAUUCCACCAGGCAGUCUGAAGCAAUUGCUCAUCACAUGUGCUAAAGCUCUGGCAGAAAACAACGUAAAUGAUUUUGGUAAGUUGAUUGAAAAGGCUAGAGGUGCAGUGUCUAUCAGUGGAGAGCCAAUCCAGCGCCUUGGUGCAUACUUGGUUGAAGGCUUGGUAGCAAGGAAGGAGUCAUCAGGCAAUAACAUUUACCGUGCCCUUAGGUGUAGAGAGCCUGAAAGCAAGGACUUGCUUUCGUAUAUGCAGAUCCUGUAUGAAAUUUGUCCUUACCUGAAGUUUGGUUACAUGGCAGCCAAUGGAGCCAUUGCUGAAGCUUGCAAAAAUGAGGAUCGCAUCCAUAUCAUUGACUUCCAAAUUGCUCAGGGUACCCAGUGGAUAACUCUCCUUCAAGCUCUUGCAGCAAAGCCAGAUGGAGCUCCACACGUGCGUAUUACAGGUAUUGAUGAUCCUGUUAAUAAACAGGCCCGUGGUGAUGGCUUAGAGGCAGUUCACAGAAGAUUAGCGGCAAUCUCUGAGAAAUUUAAUAUCCCUAUAGAGUUUCAUGGUGUGCCAGUUUUUGCUCCAGAAGUCACACUGGACAUGCUUGAUGUCAGGCCUGGGGAGGCUCUGGCUGUAAACUUUCCCUUGCAGCUCCAUCACACUCCUGAUGAGGGCGUCGAUGUGAGUAAUCCAAGGGAUGGGCUACUUCAAAUGGUCAAAUCACUUAAUCCCAAGGUGGUGACUUUGGUGGAGCAAGAAUCAAACACAAACACAACUCCUUUCCUCACAAGGUUCAUAGAAACUCUUGACUACUACUUGGCAAUGUUUGAGUCCAUAGAUGUGACACUGCCAAGGGACCAAAAGGAGCGUAUUGGUGUGGAGCAGCACUGUUUAGCCAAGGAUAUUGUGAAUGUCAUUGCUUGUGAGGGGAAGGAGAGGGUGGAGCGUCAUGAGCUCUUUGGCAAGUGGAAGUGUAGGCUCACAAUGGCUGGUUUCCGGCAAUACCCUUUGAGCUCCUACGUCAACUCUGUGAUAAGGAGCUUGCUGAGGUGUUAUUCAGAACAUUACACACUGGUGGAGAAAGAUGGAGCUAUGUUGUUGGGCUGGAAGAACAGGAAUUUGGUAUCUGCUUCUGCAUGGAAUUGAUGUCAGAGGAGAUGGACAUAGAUAGAUGAUACAACAAUAACUACACGUACCUUUCAUAGUUGGGUAUCGUGGUACCUUUCAUAGUUGGGUAUAGUGCAGUCCUAUAGGAUAAUGAAACACGGUGAUAGCAGAUUUAAGAGGGUUAAAUGAUUUUGCAAGUCACAAUUCAUUUCAUGUAAUACAGUCUAAAAUUUGAAUAUCUUCUUCCUGUAUGGGGUAAUUACUACUGUUGUUUUCUAGGGGAUUGCAUUCGGUUCUUUAAUUGCUGUUGACUUGUUAAUCCAUCAGAUUCAGAAGUAUAUUCUUUCUAAUUGUUUACCGAGCAGGCGAUGCACUCUGCUUUCAACUGUGAUGCGGAAUAAAUUCAUCAUUUCUGUAGUUUA